CACAGCCUCGUAAAAGUCUGACUUUACACUGGGGGGGCAGCAGCCUCAGCUGGAUUUAUUUCAUUUAGCUGGCUGCUAAGCUAAAUAGAAGGAGUGUCCUUCACCAGUGUUAUUCGGACUGUCUGUGUCUCUGUGUUGUCAGUCAGCCAUGGCUGCCCAGUGUGUGACCAAGGUGGAGCUGACCGUGUCCUGUGAGAACCUCCUGGACAAAGACAUCGGCUCCAAGUCCGACCCUCUGUGUGUCCUGCUGAUGAACAGCUCUGAGUCCAAGUGGUAUGAGCUGGCACGAACAGAGAAAGUCCAGAAUUGCCUCAACCCAAAGUUUGCCAAGAAGUUUGUUAUCGACUAUUACUUUGAGAUCGUGCAGAAACUGAAGUUUGGGAUUUAUGACAUUGACAAUAAGACCAUUGACCUGAGUGAUGAUGACUUCCUGGGAGAACUGGAGUGCACCUUGGGCCAGGUUGUAUCCAGUAAAAAACUGACCAGACCGCUGGUCUUAAAGAACAAGACGCCUGCAGGAAAAGGGACCAUCACAAUUACUGCUGAAGAAAUAAAAGACAACAGAGUAGUGAAUUUCGAAGUGGAAGCGAGGAAACUGGACAACAAGGAUUUCUUUGGGAAGUCUGACCCUUACUUGGAAUUCUACAAACAGACACAGACUGGAUGGCAGCUGGCCCACAGGACAGAGGUGGUGAAGAACAACCUGAACCCAACAUGGAGACCAUUCCGAAUCCCUCUGCAGUCCCUCUGUGGAGGAGACAUGGAGAAGCCUGUGAAGGUUGAUUGUUUUGACUAUGACAACGAUGGCUCUCAUGAUCUCAUUGGAACCUUUGAGACCACAGUGACACGCCUGCAGGAAGCCUCACGAACCUCUCCGGCAGAGUUUGAAUGCAUCAACAGUAAAAAGAAACAGAAGAAGAAAGGCUAUAAAAACUCUGGUGUCGUGAGUGUGAAGCUGUGCCAGGUGGUGAAGGAGUAUAGCUUCCUGGAUUACAUCAUGGGGGGCUGUCAGCUAAACUUCACUGUGGCUGUUGACUUCACAGGCUCCAACGGGGAUCCCAGGUCUCCUCAGUCUCUACACUACAUCAGUCCUCAGGGUGUCAACGAAUACCUCACUGCUAUCUGGUCUGUGGGCAACGUCAUCCAGGACUAUGACAGUGACAAGAUGUUCCCUGCCUUUGGCUUUGGAGCUCAGAUUCCUCCCACAUGGCAGGUUUCCCAUGAGUUUCCGCUCAAUUUCAACCCAGCAAAUCCAUUCUGUGCAGGUAUUGAGGGCGUGGUGGAGGCCUACAGGGUGUGUCUGCCUCAAGUCAAACUCUACGGCCCAACCAACUUCUCGCCUAUCAUCAACCAUGUAGCCUGUUUCGCUAAGCAAGCCCUCCAGCAGACCACUGCAUCUCAAUACUAUGUCCUGCUCAUCAUCACUGACGGAGUGAUCACAGACAUGGAUGACACACGCAAUGCCAUCGUCAACGCCUCCCGCCUGCCCAUGUCCAUCAUCAUUGUUGGGGUCGGGGGAGCAGACUUCUCCGCAAUGGAGUUCCUGGAUGGAGACGAUGGACGUCUGCGCUCCCAGACAGGCGAAGCCGCCAUGCGAGACAUUGUUCAGUUUGUGCCUUUCAGACAGUUCCAAAAUGCUCCUCGAGAAGCACUGGCCCAGAGUGUGUUGGCAGAGGUUCCCAGUCAGGUGGUGGAGUUUUUCAAUACCAUGAAGCUGGGCCCAACCCGCACUGACCCUGCACCAAACCCAGCAGGGACUGCAUAACACGACAGGGAACACACCACAGAUAAAAGCCUGCUCUUGCUGAUAAGGGGCCCACACUCCAAAGAAUAGGGGCCCCUCCCCAGGACAGGAACCUUUUGCACUGCUUCAGCUUAUUAUCCAAGAAGCCAUCCUCCUGCUCCUCUACUCUUCCCCAUGUCAUCUCAGUCCUCUCCUCUCCUGUCUCCUCUGUAAAUAAUGCCCAUAUGUUCUACAUAGCUUUAAGAACCGACCCCAGUGUGAGGCUCCAACCAUGUGAACCACAUUCCUGCUUCUUCUGAAUUCCACAAAGUUGACCAGUUGUGGUGUGCCAUGUCAGAACAAAUAUCAAUAUAUUUGUGUUUGUUUUUCUUCAUAUCAAGAUGGCAAUGCCUUAUAUUUUGAGCUGAAGAGUAAUAGUUUGUUAUAACAAGGGAAACAUUAUUAUUUUUUUAAGUUGACCUAUUGCAUGGCAAAUAACUAGCAAUCACAUUAAUAACUGCAUACUAACCUCACAUAUUGAAGUUGCCUGCAUGCUGUUUAUGUCCUCAGAGAACUAUUUACAGUAGUGUUAGCAUGAUGAUGUACAUGUACCUACAUGUAGCCAAAUAGCUUCAUAGUUGCUGCUGAACUACUAGUGCCACACAAGUGUAUUAUUGAUCCAGCCGGUGUGACAACCUCUUACAACUUUAUGAACUAUAAAGACUUGAGUAUUGAGUCAGUUUACACAUAAUGAAAUGCCAAGCUUCUUUAUGUAGAUUGCAGCCAAAUAUUCCUCAGAGCAAGCCAUAUCUAAACAAAAUUGUAAUUGUAAAUGUUUAAAUGUUUGAAAUGGAAAAUAGCUACUUGUCAACAAAUGGUUUCAUCAUAGAAUUCAUUGUAUAUCAGCCUCAUCUCUCAUGUUUGUUAUUGCUCCAUGAUCUACCACUGUUGAGAUUAGUAUGUCACGUUUGUCAGUAUUAAUCAUGCUGUUACUGUAAAAUAUAAAUACAGUACCGUAUGUUGACAGUUUGACUGGAUUAUCUGCUUCUGUGCAUUGAUGUUUUGUAUGGAUAUCCACUAUUCAACACCUGUGGCAGAUCUAUGCUAUGCUGACUGUUCACUGUUCUUCACAGCUUAAAAUCAGGCCUUGUGCCAUAAUCCUGUUGAAAAUAUUUCAUGCUUGUUACCUGUUAAGGACAGAUUGCAAAUAAAAUAAUUUCUUACUCAGUGCAA